UGCAAUCAUUUGCUUAGCACUCUUGCAUUUUGGAGCAUCCUAUGGAAUGUCUACCAUAUAUGUGUAUCAAUAACAUGACAUAUGUUCACUAUAGCUAUGCAUUCACAGGUUCACUGCAAUCACUCUCUGCAGAUGUGAAUGACAUGCCGCAAGGUGGUGCAGGUGGCCCUAGUUCACACAGUGCAGAUGUCUCAAGAUCACACACUGCAGGUGGCUCUAGCUCACACAGUGACCAAUGGACUUGUGUACCCUCAGGUUCCCCUGACGAACUUUCAAACAAUAGCUUCAAGAAGCAUGUGCUCAACAUCGCUCAACAUCGUACGUUUUACGCAACAACACCAUGGGGAUUUGCUUGAAAAGUUGUGCAACAUGUAUGCAAAGCAGCCUCUUGGUGGAACUGAUCCACUCAUCGAGUGCCCCUUCCGCAGCUUGGAAGAUUUUAUGGCUUUUGAUGAAAGCCUGGACAAAGAGAAGACUGCGAGUUUGGUUCACGAGUUCACAGACCUUGGAGGGAGGAAUGCCAGUGCAGCUACAAAGCGUAUUCUUGCAUACACCCUUCAUGAUGAUCUGGCCACACUUUUUUCGUGGGUUGGCCGAAAGGGGAAACUUAGUUUCUCUAGUCUGAAGACUACAGCUGCAAUUAUUGUUGCUGCAAGACGGAUGACAGAAGGCAGCACUAACGAUAUUGAAGACACCAUCAAAUCGUGGCUAAGGCAUGCUCCAGAAAGGGCCGGCAGCCAUAAGAAGCCAAGCGCUGAGGUCUGCCUGCCUCAAGGUAUGCUUUUACCCCACCGAUUUUCAGCAGCUUGA